AUGCCAAGUAGCGAAGAAUCCGGAACGCCGCGUCUUAAUGUAUGGAUAUUGGAAGAAUUUAGUGAUCUUGUAAUAGCAUGGGACCUUGCAGUAUCUCGUCCACGUGAUAGUCCGAUGCAAACCCUUCACGAUGCAGUCUACAAACACUUUGUCGCCCGUCGUGGCGGUUUUACACGUCGUAACAAAGCGGCACUUACAAGUAAACGGAGUGCGCUUAAAUUCUCGUACCUCUUUGUACGGGAUUUCAAUACGGGACAGAAACUACAGAAUGAAAAGCUGUUUUUUGACCUCUCAGAGGUCGAACGAUAUCAAUUGAUGACGCAAUGGAAGAAACAAAACUCAAGUGUCAUUGAACUCACUCCUGAUAUGUUUAAGAUCUUGGGACGGAUUAUAACUAAAGGAGGAGAGGAAGAACCCAGUUGGCCAAGAAUAAAAGAUCAACAAGAAGCAAAAGGGACAGUCAAAAUGGAGACAAGACCAACACGAGCUUCCGUAGCACCUUCUGAUGGCCAUGCUACGUCCAUUUUUAUGGAAAAGACGACAAUCAAUACGAAGAAACAAACAGCUACAGCUCGUAGUCUUGCAACGAGCAAUCCCUGGUCAUCAGAUGAGAUGAUGAAGUUGGUAAAAGCUUGGGGUACAGCAGCUCACUUAGUCUGUGAGAGUCCAACGGGUGAACCUAUGUCUAUUGUUCAUGAGAUGUACAGACAGUUUCAAUUACUUCAAGGGGGUAAGAUUGUCCGGAAUUUAUCGGGAUUAGCUACAAGACGUCGAGUGUUGAAACAGUCCUACUCGAAGAUUGUGGCUUUUAAUAAGAUUCAAGAGAUGAAUGGAAACCCCAUGUUUACCGAGUUAUCUACGACAGAGAGACAAAAUUUGAUAAGGUCUUGGAAGAAUGCAAACGUGUUGGAUCUGUCGGAAGAAAUCUAUUCGGAAUUAGACAAGAUCAUCCCGUUGGAUACACGAGCUGUCGCACUUGAAGACAUGCGGCGUGCUAACGCGGGAACCACAUCGAACUCAGGAAACGGACGAGCAAACCGGAAACCAGGAAGACCACCAAAAAAGCAGAAAGCUUCUAAGCUGACGCGUGAUAGCAACGACGAGGAAACGUUUUCUUUGCAGCCGUAUAGUGGUGUCGAUGACAGUGAAGAAGAGAAAGCUUUUGUCAUUCCGAGGAUAAGUGCCCACAGACGCACAGAGCUUGACAACAAGGUGAAGACUGCUGAUCAGUCUGCCGAGAGUGUUUUCUUAACACAGCAAAAACACUCACGCGUUCGUACUGAAGGCAUUCUCGCCAGACAAACACCAAGUAUUUCGGCAAACCGCGAUUCUAGCGUCAUGCUAGAUACGAAGCCAGAUGUUGAAGGGCUACGUACUAUCAAGACUACUGAUAGUGCUGGUAAAACCGCAAAGUCAACACCAGUGUCUUUUUUGCAAAAACAUCUCGUGCAGAGUGGAUCCCCAAUUGCGCAACUGUGCGCAAAAGCAGAUAGCUUUACCGCUGCUGAUGGUGAAAAUGGUAUUGUCGAGAGGUUAGAACAUCCUGCGCUUCACCGAGAUCGCAAGGCUAAGCCAGUCUUAGUAUCUAGUGCUCGAAAACAACUCACGAGUAGGUUAAUUUUUUCGGGGGCAUUUCAACAACCGGAAGUUGCUUAUGCUGAUGAUGAAGAUCUUGGCAUCGAGGAGACAGGACUUUCCGUGUGUAACCAAGACCAUGGGGCUAUAAUUCUAAAGCCUAGAUCUGAUGUGUCGAAAGUCGAUCAUAACGAAAAUGUAAUUGCUAACGCAACACCGACUAAUAACACAACGGAUCCUGCAAAACACUCGAAGAAAAAGCGCAAACUUAAUGUUGACGGACCGAAUGGACAUUUGUGGGAGAACAAAGAGCUCCAGAUACUUAUUAACGCGUGGGAAAAGGCAGCUAUUAUAGUGUGUAAUAGUGCUCCUGCCGAUCGGUUGUCCCUCAAUAGAGAGAUGUAUCGCGAGUUUGUUGAGGUGCAAGGUGGAAAGUCGAUGCGAAACAGCACCGCCCUUGCCGCGCGUCGAAGCUCACUGAAGUUUUCAUAUGCUCACAUCCAAUCCUUCAAUGAGUCACAGAAGGCUAAGGGGGAACCUUCUUACCAUGAAAUUUCAGAAGAUACGAGGAUGACUCUACUGCGGUCCUGGAAAAACCGCAACUCGGUGGAUCUUACGAAGGAAAUGUAUGAUGGUUUGGGACGUAUCUUUGCUAUGGAUGAAAAACUUGCCAAGGUUCGAAGUCUCCGCCCACCUCCAGUACCCAAACCCAAGAAAAAAGAAAAAAGCUAUAUGGAAACCAAUGACUCUGACACGAACCACGGUUCUAAAAUGCCAAAAUGGACCACUGAAGAGUCCUCAGACUUGAUUAAGGCGUGCGCAGAUGUGAUGAACGUUCAUAGCGACAAAAAACAGUCAGCCACAGAGCGAGAAGAAAUGAUAUACGAUGCUUUUGUGGCUCGUCGACAAAAUGCAGGAGAUACCGACACGCCUAUCCGGCGAGACCUUAGAUCGAUGGCGCAACAGUGGAGACAUAUUCUUGCUUCAUACUCGUAUAUCAAGGAAUGCAACGACAAUCGUUCCGAGGGAGAGAGUUCAUCCUGGUUUGAUAUGUCAGCUGUGCAAAAGCGAGCGUACCAGCAUUGUACGAACGUCCCAGCAAAAUUUGUGGAUCUUGAUGCCGAGAUGUUUGCAUUGGUUACUGAAACCUCAUUCGUGGAGGAAGUAGAUCCGCCUCUGCCACUAUCUGAUAUUAAAGGAGCCGCUGAAGGUAUAUCGCUGCGUCCUCGGUCAACGCGAAAGAGAACGGAGGCAUUUUGGUCGUCAGAUUCCGAAUCGUCGGUGAAUUCGAAGCCGAUACCUAGUGCGAAACGUGCCAGCAAGAAAGACUCAAAACUACCCGCGGUAAAGAAGGGGAACAAUUGGCCUAUUGAAGAGGUAUGGAAUCUCGUUCAAGCCUGGGAAGAAGCAUCAAGAGUGACGGAGAGUAGUAGACUAACGUCAGCGCUGGGUGAGACAUUUACACUAUUUACAAAUCUACAGGAGGGUCCCCCCAACCGGCAUCGAACUGUUAGCAGUGUGCGAAACAAAAUGAUCGCGUUGAAGUCUUCAUUCACGCGUAUCUCGAACUUUAUCGUAGAGAUAGGUGACAGUUCGGGGUGGUUCGACAUGCCUCCGGAACAGAGGUUGAUUGAAAUUCGCAGCUGGAACAACAAAACGAUCGUAAAUCUUGACAAGGACAUGUACAAUGCACUGGAGCAGAUUUUGUCGAGGAAGAAAGAUGGGACGCAAGAGAAACCCGGCAAGCGCAAAUUAGGUAAACCCCAAAAAACUGGACUUGAUACGAAAACUGAAAAGGAACAAGAUAAGACGGGUCACACUGGGCAGAAGCACGAGAAGUGCGUAGUUGCAAAUUGGAGCAAAGAAGAGUUGCUUAUGCUGGGCGAAGCUUGUGGUGAAUUGCUGGAGGGGCGACGAAGUCGGCGGUAUGUAUUUGAGGAAGAAAAGGAUCGGUUUUUCCGUCGAUAUGAAGAAUUAGGUGGAACCAAUUCUCUGUCUGCGACCGUGGGACUUGCCAGGUUCGUGUUGGACUCGUAUGAGUUCAUUUACUUCUACAACCAGAAAGCAGCCGAAACCAACUGCUUUUCCUGGUUUGAACUCUCCGCGGUAGACCGAGACUCAAUUGUAUCGAGAAUAGGCAAAGCUCACCGGAGCUUUAACGGCUUGAGUACUGUUGACGAAGAUAUAUUUGACGUGAUUGAUAGAAUUGAUGCUGAGUUGCGCGUGAAGCUGGGCGAGACAAAGAAGAAGACAUACAAGCCUCCGAACGAUGCUGCAUCUUCUCGCUACGUCGACAUUGAGGCUGUUGUUGAGCGGUGCUUCUUUAGAAAGAGAAAGCAUUCGGCAUCGAAGAAGGCCGUUGUCCGCGAAGUACCAGUACAGUUAGAGGAGUUGUCGGAUGGAGAGGCAGACUUAUCGUCAUCAGAAUCGUCGUUGCCUGAGGAGUCUGGUAGUGAUUCGAGCGCCCCAGUUAGGGUGAAGUCUCGCCAAUUGAAACACUCAGACGAAGACAGUCCCACUCAUUUACCCAGGCACCGCGUUGUUCCCCGUAGAUCCAAAGCUAUUCAUAAGCGCAAGAGAGGUGCUGGUAUUGACGGUUCUACAACGCUGUACAUUACGGAGAUUAUUCAAAAGCAAAACAGACAACUAGAAGAGGCCGUGAAGCGCUUUCGAAAGGACAGUGCGGAUGCUCGCAAAGAGCACCAUACUUUUUUGGUGCAGAAGAUCCAAGACAGCUUUCCUGUUGACACCGGUAACGGCUCCUACUUGGAGCGAGUCGCUGACCGACAGGGCCAGACCUUGGUGGAAAUUUUCCAGAGAUUGCAGCAGCAACGUGACGCUGAGAAAGCGAAAGACGACGAGCUGAUGCGCCAGUUAUUCAGUCGAGUGGUCUAG